CAGUACGACUCACACUUCCCCUUAUUCUGCAACAGACAGGCUGAAUUCCUCUAAUCCUUCUAUUUCUUCUCUCAUCUCUCUAAAACCCUUCUACUUGGGAGAACGAGCUAUAGUUUUGGCGAUAAUAUAGCUUUAAGGCAACUUUUGGCAGAUGUGAAAGUAUUAACAUCUGGGCAGGGUUAACAGAAUCCUGGAGGCUGGGACAGACCAAUAACCACUCGUUUUAGGAAUGUUAAAGUAGAAGGGUUUUUUUUUCCGACUUAUGAGAGGAACAGAUAGAAAGGACAAGGAGGAAGAAAAAGAAAGAGACCAACAAAAAAACCUAUAAACAGGUAAGACCUGCAAUUAACCCCUCACACUAUACUACCCUGUUUCACAGCAUUAGAGGAUAAAGAAAUCCAGCAGAUGGAUGAUAUAGCUGCAAGUUGAAGACAGGAAAAACCUCUUUUGUGAAAUUGGAUUAUAUUCUGUUUUUGUUUACGCUGUGACGUUGCUGCAGACACGUUUCCACUACCUUCUCAGCCCACAGCAGAGAGAUGCCUGACUCUGAUCCUAUAUUUCUGCUUCCUCUCACUUUUGGAAAUUCAUAGAUGGCUGACUUCUGAAAGUCAUUUUUUUUUUACUCUGGUACAUAUAGACAUAUAUUCCUAUUCUUGUUUCCCUAAACCCUCCUCUCAAGGAUGGCUGGUCAACUAACUCAAAGAGGAGCUCUCUUUCUGCUACUCUUCCUUAUUCCAACAGUGACACCAACAUGGUAUGCAGGUUCAGGCUACAAUCCAGAUGAAAGCUAUAAUGAAGUACAUACAGAAGAUGUCCCACAGGCUCCUCCCCUAUACUACCAAGUCCCUCGGUGGUGUUAUACAUUAAAUAUCCAAGAUGGAGAAGCCACAUGCUACUCGCCAAGGGGAGGGAAUUAUCACAGCAGUCUAGGCACACGUUGUGAGCUCUCCUGUGACCGUGGCUUUCGAUUGAUUGGACAGAAGUCAGUGCAAUGCCUGCCAAGCCGUCGUUGGUCUGGAACUGCCUACUGUAGACAGAUAAGAUGCCAUGCACUACCAUCUAUCACUAGCGGCACUUAUACCUGCACAAAUGGGGUGCUUCUUGACUCUCGCUGUGACUACAGCUGUUCCAGAGGCUACCACCUAGAAGGUGAUCGCAGCCGAAUCUGCAUGGAAGAUGGGCGAUGGAGUGGAGGCGAACCUGUGUGUGUAGACAUUGAUCCUCCCAAGAUCUACUGUCCUCACUCACGUGAGAAGAUGGCAGAGCCAGAGAAACUGACUGCUCGUGUAUACUGGGACCCACCCCUUGUGAAAGAUUCUGCUGAUGGUACCAUUACCAGGGUGACGCUUCGGGGCCCUGAGCCUGGUUCCCAAUUUCCUGAAGGAGAGCAUGUGAUUCGUUACACUGCCUAUGACACAGCCUACAACCGAGCCAGCUGCAAGUUCAUUGUGAAAGUACAAGUGAGACGCUGUCCAAUUCUGAAACCACCACAGCAUGGUUACCUCACCUGCACUUCAGUGGGCAACAACUACGGUGCCACCUGUGAGUACCAUUGUGACGGUGGUUAUGAGCGCCAAGGGACUCCCUCUCGGGUCUGCCAGUCCAGUCGCCAAUGGUCAGGAUCACCACCUAUCUGCACUCCCAUGAAGAUUAAUGUUAAUGUCAACUCAGCUGCUGGUCUCCUGGAUCAAUUCUAUGAGAAACGACGACUCCUCAUCAUCUCAGCUCCUGAUCCUUCCAACCGAUAUUAUAAAAUGCAGAUCUCUAUGCUGCAGCAAUCCACUUGUGGACUAGACCUGCGGCACGUGACCAUUAUCGAGCUGGUGGGGCAGCCACCUCAGGAUGUGGGGCGCAUCCGGGAGCAACAGCUUUCAUCCAGCAUCAUCGAGGAACUCAGGCAAUUCCAACACCUUACUCGGUUCUACUUCAACAUGGUACUGAUUGACAAGCAGGGUAUUGACCGGGAACGCUACAUGGAACCUGUCACCCCUGAGGAAAUCUUCACAUUCAUUGAUGACUACCUGCUGAGCAACCAGGAGAUGAUCCAGCGCCAGGAGCAAAGAGAUAUAUGCGAGUGAACUUGAGCUAAGGAAUGGCUGAAGUCAAAGGAAAAGCUUCCCUAGUUAGCUAAAACUCAGACCUAAUAAAUGGAGGAAAUGUUUCCCCACAGUUCUAUAUACACUCUGAAGUGGGGGAGUUCUGCCAAUCUUGGCAGAAUAUUUUUCAGGUAUUCUUUUUAGCUGUAUAAUACCUUCUCCUACUUCUCCAUAGGAGAAGCAGAAGCUAGUCAGGGUCUAAAGACAGGCUUUGCACAGUGUGUUGGAAGUAGAAGUCUUCCUUUCAUAACCAAGGACUUCGCCCAGUUCUCCAAAAUCUUUCAGAUAAGUAAAUCCUAAAUUCAUCCACUUACAGGCUGUUUUAAAUGGUUCCUCUACCCAGAAGUGACACCAGAGGGCAGCACUAUCACAACAAACAACAAAGACUAUCAAGCGUAGCUUACAGGUUAACUGUAUCAGAAGCAAAGAUUUCCAAAAACUUGAAACUGAUUAUCACUUCACCUCUGGCACUGGGAUAAAAAUGUUGCUUAACACUGCUUCAUCAAGAGUUAGGAAAAUAUUGCAAUGAGAGGGAGUUGGUAAAGAAUUCUGGUCACAGCAGAAAGCUGUCUUGUGAUUUCUCCAACUGUCUCAGGGGCAAGAACCUUUGCUACUGAGGCCUCCUGAACCCCACCAAAAACGGUAGAUAAUGCAGUCCUUUCCUUAGAGGAUACCUCCUAGCCAGUGAGCUUCAACACCUCAGAAGUAUCACUGAAAGUAGUAAAGAAAGAAAACUGAUUCUGCCUCGUGUAUUAAUUUCUUCAGAUAUCUACUUUUAAGAGAUGAGUUAUAAGCAGGUAUGAGAGAGACAUAGCUACACAAAGUCAAGUCUUAAAAUCUAGACCUGAAAGUAAUUUUAAGAUCAUGCUAUUGGCAAGUGAAACUACACACAGAUCCUGGAUCUUUCUCUUUCAUCAUUCCUUUGCUUCCUUCUUUGGUACAGGGGAUUUAACCCAGGACUUUAUACAUGCUAAGCACAUGACCUAAUAUUGAGCUACAGCUCCAGUCCCAGAUCCCUAAUCUGACUUCACUACAAGUAAAUAGCGUGUAAGUGUUUGGAAUACAAGUGCUUUCUAUGCCUUGCUGCUGAAAAUGUGAAACACUCAUGAAAUUCAGAGUGAUAGUUAAAGCUCAGCAGCUUUUUACUUUACCCAGGGGUGACCACUGGCAAACUAGAGCAGAGAGGAAGUGGGCUGGGUGAGGAAGCAGAGUUAAUAAUGCUUGAACAUUUACUAUAUAUAAAGUACCAUUAUAUACACUCUAUUAAUUAAAUCUGGAGUCUUCAUGAGAACUCUAAAAGAUAGAAACUAUUAUUAGCUUCCUUUUCCAGAUGAGAGAAUUGAUGCUCAGUGAGGUAAGGCAAUUUGCCUAAUGUCAGACAGCUAAAAGGUGGCAGAUUCAGGAUUUAAACAUCAGCAGACUGACUUGUGAGUCAAUGUUAUUAGACAUUAUACCAUCCAACCUGUUUCUCUUCCUACUUACCAUCUAAAAACAGUUAAAAGCCCUAACCAAGGAGAGGGUUCCAUUUUCAGUAAUCCUACUGAGACUCAAAAACUCAUAGUGGUUCCAGGAAGAAAGAGGAAAAUGAUAGGCUCUCAGCCCUCCAAAAAUUCAUUUAAAACAGAAUCAUAGGACAUAAAUCAGGAGCCAGGGUUAUAGGAGUAACAGUGAGUUAAAGAGAAGAUAGUUCUACUGGAGUUUUAGGGAAAAUCGAUUCUCUCUCUCUCUCUCUCUCUCUCUCUCUCUCUCUCUCUCUCUCUCUCUCUCUUUCUCUCUCUUGCUCCCCUCCCAUACAGGGUCUCCCUAUAUAGUUCAGGCUGUCCUGGACUGAAUAUUUCACCCAGGUUGAGCUCCAAAUCAUGGCAAUGCUCCUGCCUCAGCCUCUCGGGUGCUGAGAUUACAGGUGUGUGCCACCAUGCCUGCCUGGAAAUUUUAAUUGUUUAAAAUGCAAAAUAAAAAGCCAGUUGGUGGCUGAAAUGGGACGUGGGACAAAUGACUAACUUGUAGGAGCAAAGUCUCUUCCCUCCAGAGAAAUACAAGACGUUUGAUAGACCAGAGGCAAGUUAUGGGCAGAAGGUAAAAUACAAUGAGUUCACAUAGGAAAUUUUGGUCAGAUAAGAUCUGUGGUUCCAAAGGCAAAGAUUGCAUACAAAGAUAAAUAUCCUUCCUCUUCUUUAUCACUGACACUUCAAGUGGUAGCAAGUCAAUGACGCAAUCAAUAACAGAGGAGACCUACUUCUCUCAGGAUAAAGUUCCCAACCUUGGCUUGACUCUUACAUAUAAAUGCUUCUCAAAUUUAAAACAACUGAGGAGCCCUUGUAUCAUCUCAAGCAGUCAAGGCAAGUCAAUCUUGCUUUAUGUUUUUUGUAACUUCCUUUGUAAAUUAUGGCUCAAAAAAUUCCAACUCUUAAAGCAGAGGAAAUACAUGAAAGAAUUGGGCCCAUAGCCAGAUCUAAAAUGGCUAGCAUGACCCAGUCUCUCUAUAUAACUCUAUUUCUAUCUUUCUGAAUCCCUCUGGCCCCAACUCUCUCUACUUCUCUUCCCUGUCUUCCUUCUUCCCCUCCCUUCACUUUUCUCUUAUCUACUCCUUCCUCCUCCUCCCUCUCUUCUACUGCUUCCCCAUGAACACAGGCUAUACAGUCACUAAGCCUGAUGAGUAUUAUCCAAAGAAUUAUCCAAAGCCCAUUUCUUUAUGAUAUUUGGAAGACAUUAGUCACCUCUUCCUUCGACUCUUUGCUCAAAAGACAUGUAUCAUCCUCUUAUAAGGCAGCAUAAUUAGUACAAUGAGAUCUUGAUUCAAAUACUAAUUUUGUUGUGUGAUAGUGGGCUUGAGUGUCUUAAUUUGUCAGAAGGAAAAAUUUCUUACUUCAUAAGGUAGCUGGAGCGAUUAAUCAAAUAAAAUAUAAAGCUUUGUACAUGUUAAUGCCUUUUUUUUACAAGAGGCCUAGACUUUUUUAGACUUUAUCUAGAAACUCAGAGCCCUAUUUUAGAGAUAGGUUACUUAGCACCUGUGUUAUUUAUCUCUCAAUAAUAAAUAAUGGUAGAAGUAAAGGGAAAAGUCUCCACUUCCCAGAGAAAUCAACAAAUCUAGAAGAAAGUGCCUAUAGAAGGUUAUCUUUCCUUACCUUCUUUGUCAGUAUGACUCUCCUCCCUCCAGCAGUGGAGGGUCUACAAACCUAAAGGCAAACUUCCUUUGGUACUUGAGAGAAAAAUGUGAUGUCACUUUUAACAUGGGUUCUCACUUCUCUACUUAGACUCCAAGUGCACAGGACAAAGAAUUAGGCUCAGGAAAGUAGUAAUGUAAAAUGCAAAAAAGGGCACAUUUUCUUCAAAUUAGUACAGAAUGAGUAGGGAAGGACAUUUAUCACUCUGAUUCUUACCCUUUAAGCCACAUGUAAAAGGAAAAGCAGUAAAUCAGGAUAUCAAGGACAAAAGCAUCUAUGGAACUAACAAAGGCAAACAUUUGAUAAGUGAAAAAGCUUUAUUGAAACACACAUUCAUGUUAGGAGGGGGAAAACAACAUAGCAACAGCCCAGGAUCCCAAGUUAUACUUUCCAUUGCUGUAUCAAUGCAUACGGAAUAAAUAUUUUAAAAGUG